ACUAAAAAUUUUUCCGAGUGGUUCAGUGACAGACUAUAAAAGAGAAAUAAGCCCUCUUCUUUUAUUCAUUAUACUGCGCUCAUAUUUGAUAGUUUGAGGCACUAACGUUCUCCUCAAAAGGCAUAAAAAAGUAUGAACAACAAACAUUUGCGCACCUGCAUGUCUACGGUAUUGAGCGCGGUAAUUAUGCUCGUCUACAUUACUACAGCGCAAAGUUUGAGUGUUGAAGCAAUAACUACAGCAACUGAGCCAAAGGUAGGUCAGUCAUGUGAUGGCAAUCAAGAGUGUGGUCCAAAGAUGUGCUGCGUACGGUUCAACGACACGGAUGGAACGGUAUGUGCACCACUAAGUCAAGAGCGCGAGCAGUGCUCCAAUGCGACACUUGUUGAAGACAUACAGCCCUCAUGUAGAGAAGACAGUGAGCUUCAAGCGAAGGCUAAACAAGAGUACAGUCCACCAUACGACAAAAAGUGCCCUUGUGCUACAGGCUUGGAAUGUUCAUUCGAUAAUCUUCAAGCGCGAGAUAAUGACCAACAACAAGAUACUGAAGAAAAAAGACCGGCAGUACCACUUGGUGUUUGUAAAGCACUGCAUCAAUCGACGGAAAGAGAUGGAUGA